UGCUUUAAGUGAAUCUGCCAUGCAACAACUCAAUGCAGAAGAAAUUGAAAUUCUUCAAAAAAUUGAACAACAAAAUAGACUACUGGAAGCUGAUAAGAAAUCCCUCAAGUCAGUUUCAAGUGAGGNUGGGCAUUCUGAGUCACGACGAAGCAGCAACGGUUCGGCCUCACCAACCUCAAUGCACAGCGCUGGCAACGAUACAAAUAGCAACCAAUCAAACGACACGGAUAAUAAAACAUGGAACUUAUGGGGGAAGAUUGUAAAUAAUUGGAAUGAUUAUCAGAAGAAGAAUGGAAAACAACUGAAGGUAAUUCUUUUUUCUGUAAAUUGUUUCAAUUUAAAUAUGUAACAAACCAUAGUGCAA